UGUCCUCCUCUUCGAGCCUGCAAUGACAGACAAAAAAAAAAUCAUGUUAGGGCUUCAAUCUCCGUUGAUUUGUCCUACAAUCCUUUCAUUCUCAUUCUCAAAACCUCUAACUUUCCCUUCUAUCCUCUUCAAAACGCAAAUUCGUCCCCUCGAAUCCCCAUCCAGAUUCCUAAUCUUCGCCGCAGAUGGAAGCAACAACAACAACAACAAUAACGCGGACCCAAUUACCAAAGAAGCCAAACAGAAAGAACAAGACCAACAACAGCAGCCAAAAGGGUUCUUCAAUGGAGACGGCGGCGGCGGUGGUGAUGAUUUGGGGAGAGAUCGACGGCCCAUGUUCAAUUUCAAGUUGGGGGAUCUACUGAACCCGGAUCCGGAUAAUAUCGUGGCCAUUGGAUUAGCGGGUCUGCUGACGUGGGCAAGUGUGCUGAUUCUAGGGCAGCUCUUUUUCAUCUCCUUGGCAAUUCUCUUGGCAGCUCUAAAGUACUCUUUCAUUGCUGCUCUCCUUAUUUUCAUCCUCAUCACUCUCCUCUAAACUCCUUUGUGAUUGCUUUUUCGGGUUUUUUUAUAUAAAAAUUUUUGGAAUUGUGAAUGGAAAUUAUGCAAUUCCAUACAUUUUGUAAUCACCAAUUCAAAUUCCAUAAAAUGUGAAAAAAAUUUCCAGAAAAAUUGCA